AUAUUCCUAACUAUUACCUAAGUAAGCUUUUUCCUGCUCUGCACUCUCCUCUGGUGACUGAUUUCUCGUAUUUCGAGGGAAUAACUACAACGAACUGUGACACGUUUUUCAUGUCGCCCAUCAGCUACUAUCCUUGUUGGGGAUCCCUAUGAUGCACGGCUACCAUGUAUGUCCGGCAUGGUGUCCACGCGUGGAGUUCGCCUGUAUGACGACAUCCAAUCGCCUCGCUAUAAGUAUACACGCCAACACCAUGGACAUAACACAAACCGUCACUCCAAAUCAUGGCUUCCGUUACGACUGAAGAUGUUCUCAUUAUCAUGUUUUCCAUUCUACUUCCGCCAAUAGCGGUCAUCUUGAUGAAGCGGCCCCUGGCGGAUGUCCUCAUCAACAUCAUUCUGACGCUUUUCUUCUGGAUUGGAGGAGUAAUUCAUGCACUCUACUUGUUGUACCAGAGGCGAAGGUCGUGGUGGUGAAGGUGCCGUAACUUGUCUACUGUAUGUGAGUGUACAGUAGCAACGUCAAUAUGAGCGUUACGGGUGGCAGACAAAGGAACUGGGAAACAACACCACAGUUACGCGUUACGUUGCCCAUUUUUGGCAACGACAUAGUGCCUUCGAAGUCAUAUUUUGGCACCUGGUCUCUGCCAUUUGCUGUUUUAUAGCCUGAAAUGUGUUCGAGCAUGUAUUCCCAAAUUAAACUUACUGAAUAGAAAUUUUUUAUUCGAAUUU